AGCCGUUUCUCUAACUGCUGAAUUUCCGCUGUUAUUUAUUUCCCAACUUGAACAAAACAUUCUUACCUUUCACGUCAGGUUUUUAACUUGGAAGCAUGGAUGUUGGAGAGCUCCUGAACUAUCAGCCUGAUAGAGGAGCAAAGCGUCCCAGGGAGGAGGAUGGAGGAGCAGCGGGAGGCGAUGAGGACUCCAGGGGAGGCAAGCAGCAGAAAGGACUGAGUGCCAGGGAUUUGGCCAGAUAUCGGGAAGCAGCAGCAGCAGCCGGGCUUGAAGGAGGGGGUGAAAUGAGGGAGACUGAGGAGCUAACUGGAGACAAGAAGAAGAUCCUGGAGAAACUGAUGGACCAGGAUGAAGAAGAACCUGAGGCAGAACCAGUGGAUGAAAGUUCAGUGAAGAAAAUGAUCCUGACCUUUGAGAAACGGUCGUACAAAAAUCAGGAACUGAGGAUUAAGUUUCCGGACAACCCAGAAAAGUUCAUGGAGUCGGAGCUGGAUCUAAACGACAUCAUCCAGGAGAUGCACGUGAUCGCCACGAUGCCAGACCUCUACCACCUGCUGGUGGAGCUGAACGCCGUCCACUCUCUGCUGGGCCUCCUCAGUCAUGAGAACACGGAUGUUGCCAUAGCAGUCGUUGACCUGCUGCAGGAGCUGACAGAUAUCGACACACUCCAUGAGAGCGAGGAGGGUGCUGAGGUGCUCAUAGAUGCUCUGUUGGAGGGUCAGGUGGUGGCCUUGCUGGUGCAGAAUAUGGAGCGGCUUGAUGAACAGGUGAAGGAGGAGGCUGAUGGCAUCUAUAACACACUGGCGAUCAUAGAAAAUAUGGCAGAGUUCAGGCCAGGCCUGUGCACAGAAGCAGCUCAGCAGGGACUCAUGCAGUGGCUGCUCAAGAGGAUCAAGGCAAAGAUGCCGUUUGAUGCUAACAAGCUGUACUGCAGUGAAAUCCUGGCUAUCUUGCUGCAGAACAAUGACAAUACCAGAGAACUGUUGGGAGAGAUGGAUGGCAUUGAUGUGUUACUACAGCAACUAUCUGUUUUCAAACGUCACAACCCGUCCACAGCCGAGGAGCAGGAGAUGAUGGAAAACCUCUUCGAUGCUCUGUGCUCAUGCCUCAUGCUGCCAGCCAAUCGGGACCGAUUCCUCAGAGGCGAAGGGCUUCAACUGAUGAAUCUCAUGCUUAGAGAAAAGAAAAUGUCUCGAACCAGUGCUCUGAAGGUGCUGGACCAUGGGAUGAUUGGACCAGAGGGAGCAGAUAACUGUCAUAAGUUUGUGGACAUCCUGGGACUGCGAACCAUCUUUCCGCUUUUCAUGAAAACCCCCAAGAAGAUGAAAAAAACUGGUACCUCAGAGAAGGAACAUGAAGAACACGUGUGCUCCAUCAUCGCCUCCAUGCUGAGAAAUCUCAAGUCCCAGCAGAGAAGCAGACUCCUCAACAAGUUCACAGAGAACGACUGUGAGAAGGUUGAUCGACUGAUGGAGAUGCAUUUUAAGUACCUGGAGGCUGUUCAACAGGCUGACAAGAGGAUCGAAGGCGAGAAACACGAGAUGGUUAGGCGGGGAGAGAUCCUAGAUGACAGCAUGGAGGAUGAGUUCUACCUUCGCCGCCUUGACGCCGGACUAUUUGUCCUGCAGCUGAUCUGCUAUAUUAUGGUGGAGAUCAGCAACUCAGGGAUAUCACAGCUGCAGCAGAGGGUCCAUCAAAUUCUAAAUCUAAGAGGAGGCUCUGUCAAAGUAGUGCGCCACAUCAUGAGAGAGUACGCUGAGAGCAUCGGAGAUGGGAAGAGUGACGAGUUCAAAGAGGCCGAGAGGAAGAGGAUCAUGGACCUUGUAGACAACUUCUAAUCUAAGUUUCUCGCUCUCACGCUCUCUCUCACACACAGACACACAGACACACACACACACACACAAAAACAUAUAAUCACACAAACAAUAUGUUCUUACACUUGAGAACAUUUAAAGCCAUCUGAUGUGAUCUGGGACUGAUGGUGACCUUGAGCCAGCCUAAGAACUAAAAGGCAGCGGUCUGUGUGUCUGUAGCUAAAGUCACUGGGUGUGUUUACGUGCACAGCAAUACUGUGAUUGCUAGUCUGCUAAAAGCUGCACUAGAUUUAUUUUCAUCUUUUGAAGAAACAUAAUUUUUAGAAUAACCUAAUGUACCUCGCCCACAUCUUUGACAUCCAAUGCGGGGAAAAGAGGAAACUCAAAUGAAAUGAAGAAAUUACUAAUUUUUUAAAUAAUUUGUAUUAUGGAGUUCUGCAGCAAUUAGUCCUAAACCCCAGGAAUGAUGUGUUCAACUCUAAUCAAAUCGAAUCUUGAACUGCUGCUAAGGGAAAAAAGAACCCAUGAUGUGUUUCACCUGUGCUGUGUUUACAGACCCGCAAAAAUGUCAGAAAUUAGAUCAGGGCAACAGAAUGGUUAAAAAAAAGGGGAAAACCCUGAUUAGUUUUUUACUUCUGAUGAUUUCAUUCACCCUUAAAGAAUCAUAGAACAGAUGGUCAUUAUUGAAAAUUAUCCUGCUAAACAAAACAUGUAAGUAUCAUACAUUUUUGUUUACCACAGAGCUAUUUUCUUCAAUCAUUCUGUUGGCUUUUUGUCAAGGAAACCACUGCGAUGCUAACUUCCUUGUAGGCCUACUCAAAAAAAAAAGUUAAUCUCUGCAACACUCUGUUAAUUAAAUCUAAUUAAUCUCAUGAACACAGUCUUUAUGUGUCAGAGAUUUGGUUGAAUUUAAAUGAUUGCUGUGCAUGUAAAGCUGCUCACUGUUCAUGUAGAAACAGUUUAGAGAGCAGAACACUUUAGCUCAACUGAAACACACAGCGAACACAAGACGUACCCGGAGCCACGGACAGACUUUGCAGCGCAGAUCUGCAAACUUAAUAUCCAUCCCCGUGGCUCUCCCACUUUACCUGGUUUGUUUGUUUUGGAUUUGCGUGUAAAAUAUUUUCUAAUAAAACAUUUGGUA